AUGGUGAACCUCAAUUCCCCUCACAUCGUCCUCCCCGUUGACGCACCGUCGCCCCCGCUUCCUCUGUUUCCCCGUCGCCAUUGCCCUCCCGUCGCCCUUACCCCUCUCCCCUCCCGUCGCUUCCUCGUCAACGUCGUCGAGCCUCAUUCCGACGCUUUUUUCACCACUCCGACCACCCUCUUUUUCCGUUGUCGUGUCCCCACCACUCCCCACUCUCCUGACAGGCGCGCCCACGCUUCAUCCCACCCUCGCCCACGCUUCACCCCACCCUCGCCCAGGGUUCCCCCCACCGUCUCCCAUGCUUCCCCCCACCGUCUCCCAUGCUUCCCCCCACCGUCUCCCAUGCUUCCCCCCACCGUCUCCCAUGCUUCCCCCCACCGUCUCCCAUGCUUCCCCCCACCGUCUCCCAUGCUUCCCCCCACCGUCUCCCAUGCUUCCCCCCACCGUCUCCCAUGCUUCCCCCCACCGUCUCCCAUGCUUCCCCCCACCGUCUCCCAUGCUUCCCCCCACCGUCUCCCAUGCUUCCCCCCACCCUCGCCCACGCUUCACCCCACCCUCGCCCAGGGUUCCCCCCACCGUCUCCCAUGCUUCCCCCCACCGUCUCCCAUGCUUCCCCCCACCGUCUCCCAUGCUUCCCCCCACCGUCUCCCAUGCUUCCCCCCACCCUCGCCCACGCUUCACCCCACCCUCGCCCAGGGUUCCCCCCACCGUCUCCCAUGCUUCCCCCCACCGUCUCCCAUGCUUCCCCCCACCGUCUCCCAUGCUUCCCCCCACCGUCUCCCACGCUUCCCCCCACCGUCGCCCACGUUUCCCCCCACCCUCGCCCACGCUUCCCCCCACCAUCGCCCACGUUUCCCCCCACCCUCUCAUCCGCCCUUCAUCUCAUCCUCCCGUCCUCACAUCCUCGUUUCCUCUCAUCCUCCCGUCCUCUCAUCCUCCUUUCCUCUCAUCCUCCUUUCCUCUCAUCCUCCCUUCCUCUCAUCCUCCCUUCGUCUCAUCUUCCUUUCCUCUCACCCACCCUUCCUAUCACCCACUCUUCCUCUCAUCCCCCCAUUCGCCCCACCGUCGCCCACGCUUCCCCCCACCCUCGCCCACGCUUCCCCUAGACGGGACAGGGGAGUGGGGGAGGCGGGGCAGGGGGGGCAGGGGAGGCGGGGGGUACCGUCCGCCCUUCCACUCUCCAUUCAGCCCUUUCUCCAAGCCUCUCUCCACCCUACCACUCUCCCACCCACUCUGUCUUUCAUCCUCCUGCCCCUCCACCCUGCCGCCCUUUUUUUCAAGCUGCCACUUUCCGAUCUUCCUGUCGGCCGCCUUUUCUGUCCGACCCACUUGCUACACCCUACUUGA